AAUAUUGGGUGAUAUUUAGGGACAUCAACAAAAUUUUUGUUUACUAAUUUUAAAAAUAUUUGUAUUAAUCUACAAGUCGCAUUUCUCAUCGAAAUAUCAACUAUAAUCAACUAAACUGAUUAGGAAAACAGAGAAAAAAUUAAAAUGAGCCCACAUAAGUCGGCAACUUCAACAAGCAGCAGUAAUUCUAGCGGAAGUAGUUCCAGCGGCUCAGAUUCUGGUAGUUCUCGAAGUUCCAGUAGCAGUAGAUCGUCAGAUUCCUCCGAUUCAAGCUCAUCAGAUUCAAGUUCUGAUGAUGAAAGAUCUCCAGAAAAGCAAGCAAAUUCAGCUCCAAUCAAAGUUCCAGAGAAAGUAUUAGCAAGAAAAAGUCAGGAAAAGCAAUUGCCAGCUAAAGCAGCUAUACUUAAGAAUGCUGAAAUAAAAAGCUCAAAGAGUAAUCUGUCAUCAACAGAAGAUGAAAGUUCUAAAAGUCCUGUUAAAAAAGCACCAGCACAUAAUGAGAAAAAAAAGGUACAUCCACAGCAAAAAGCGUCAACGCAAGCUGCAAUUAUCCCACAAACGGGUGGCAAGGUUCCACCUAGUGUCAUGAAACAGCAUCAAGCAUUACAACAGCAUAAUAAGGCACUUGCAGCAGCCAAACUGACACCAUUCUCAAACACUCCAACUACUAAUAAGUCCAGUGUAUCACAGAAAUUGAUAGCUAAUGCUAAGAAGGCAGCAGCUGCAAAUAAAGUACUCAAAAAGAAGAGCAUAUUCUCACCAGAUAACUCGUCAGAUGAUGAAAAGCCAUCAGUUAAGACUGAUCGCAGGCUGUCAAAUAGUUCAACAAGUGGACGUGGAAGAGGAAGGCCUCGAAAACAAGGAAAUAAUGCUAAUUCUUCAUCAUCAAGUGUCCCAAAAACUACGCCCACAAAAACACCUAAUGAGAAACAGAAACAACCAGAAAUUAAGAAAGAUGUAUCAUCAGCUAGUUCCACAUCAACAGAUUCAUCCACAGCAUCAUCGAAUUCGGACUCAGAUUCAGAAAGUGCAAUUCCAAGUCGAAAAUCAGCUAGAAUGAGCAGCGUUAGAAAAUCAAAACAUCUUGGUGGCUCAAUAAAGUCCGAAACAGAAACAGAUGACAGUACAAAACGAUCGAGUACAAGAAGUCCAGUCAAGAAAAUUCCAUCAUUGAUUCCAACAAAAGGAAAAUCAAAGCAAAAGAAAAUUGAACAAAAACUUAAUUUGAAUUUAUCAAAAGACUCACAGCCUGAAGAGAAAGGAUGUCCGUUGGAAGGAUGUAAUUCAAAUGGACAUUUGAGUGGAAAUUAUGAUAAGCAUUUUACAUUAGAAGCAUGUCCAGUAUUUCAUAAUUUGACACUGGCUGAGACUAAAAAUAAUAUCCCUGACAGAAGAAAACGUAAUGAUGAACGAUCAAAAGCACUAACAGAGUUUGAGCCUAAGAAGCCAGCAACACCAGAACAAAAAGCAUAUUUACAAAAGAUUCGUGAUAUGAGAUCAAAGUUUAAGCCUGGACCUAAAAUCCAUGACGAUUAUCGUGGCGACGAUCGAGAGCCAAUGUUGGCAGGAACUGUCUCCGAAUAUGAUCUACAAUUAUUUCGUGAUGCACAAGCACUAGCUAGUGAAAACAUUGAAAAUGAACUUAAACAAUUGCCAUGUCGUGGUAGUGUUAAGUAUGUAGUAAUGGGAAAACAUAAUAUGGAAGUUUGGUAUCAGAGCGUCUAUCCUGAAGAUGUUCAACGACUUCCAAAACUUUAUCUUUGUGAAUUUUGUUUGCGUUAUCAAAAAUCAGAAGUAACGAUGAAAAGACAUGCAGCAAAAUGUGUCUGGCGACAUCCUCCAGGCGAUGAAAUUUAUAGAAAAGGAAAAUUGUGUGUAUGGCAAGUUGACGGAAAAAGACAUAAAAACUAUUGCCAGUAUUUGUGCUUAUUAGCAAAAUUCUUCUUGGAUCACAAAACACUCUAUUUUGACGUUGACCCCUUCCUUUUCUAUAUUAUGACAAUAGCUGAUGUUGAGGGCUGUCAUAUUGUCGGUUAUUUUAGUAAGGAAAAAAAUUCAUUUCUUAAUUACAACGUGAGUUGUAUUCUGACACUUCCACCGUAUCAACGCAAAGGCUAUGGACGGCUUCUGAUAGACUUCAGUUAUUUAUUGACUCGUGUGGAGGGUAAAAUUGGAUCUCCAGAGAAACCAUUGUCUGAUCUCGGCCUUAUAUCAUAUCGAUCGUAUUGGAAGGACGUUCUUCUGGCAUAUUUAUGUUCUCAUUCGGGUCGUACGCUCAGCAUCAAAGACAUUUCACAAGAAAUGGCCAUCAAUUCUUAUGACAUCGUCAGUACAUUACAAGCUCUGGGAAUGAUGAAAUAUUGGAAAGGCAAGCACAUCAUCUUAAAGAAGCAGGAUAUACUAAAAGAUUAUGAAGAGCAGUCGAAGAAGCGGAAUUCAUUGAAAAUUGACCCGAAUUGCCUUCAAUGGACGCCUUUUGUGACACCGCAACAAGCUCAACAAGUCUCAAAAUCUCAGCCAACAUAAAUUGUAGGAUAAUUUUUUUAGGAAAGCACAUAUAUAAAAAAGAAAAACUUGAGUUAUAUAAUUGAUGCUUAACAUGCUAACAAGUAGAAGUGAAAUUGAGAGAAAAAAAAAAUAUUCGUUUUAGAACCUGUAAAAAAUGUACACAUUUUUGUAUUAGGGGUUCCAUGUGAAAGUCUAAGUUUAUUUGGAGGUUGGAAUAAAACAACAGAUGAAACAUUUUGGAAUAUCCCUCGGUAAGAUUUUAUUACUGUUUAAUAAAAAUCUCACAAAAUGUUAACUUUAGUUCUGCAUAUUAGAAAUUGGGAAGUCAUCUGCGGUCCCCCUUUGAAAUUGAGGAGGGGGGGGGGGGGUCAGAAAUUUUUAAACUUACCGAAAAAGGGGAUGUGAAAAGUAAUUUUUUUUCUUAACAUUAAAAGUAAGCUUCCUAGAAUUUGAUACCAAUUAAGCUUGCUGAGCUUGAGUCAUCUAACCUGAAAUCCUAGUAAAGACUUUUAAGUUUUUACUAUUCGAACUUCGAAUUUUAGAGAUUCUUUUUUUACGGAUUUCGAAUCUUCAGAGUUCUUAUUUUCAAAAAAAGUUCAAUAUGAGUUCUUUUCGAGUAAUUUGUAAUUUUGGUGUGCAUUUAUACUAAUUAUAAUGAUUAUGAUAAAUGUAUAUUCUUCAAAGUUAAAAA